AGUCACGGACUCACAAUUUUUUGUUUCGCUUUUCUAGUGAAGGAGGUGUUUUUGUUUCCAAUCUCACACCAACUAGACCUCCGAUCUCGAAUGAGCCAUUACUUGAUUUGUCGCUGCACUGAGCUUUGUUUGUUUCACUACACAUUCACAUCCAUAGUAGGGUAGGAAGGAUCUCCAGUUGGUCGCUCCAUUACCAUUGUUCAUGGGCGUAAUUAUACAAGGCUGCAGCAAUAUAUGAUAAGUAGUCGAAAAAGAACAAUCUCCCCGCAUCAACGCCUGCGCCGCAGCGGCUGAUUUUGCUUUAUUCUGCAGUAAGCUGUCUCGUCCGAGCCACCACACGACCUCGAACCAUGACGAUUCCGCUCCGCAUAAGCGUGCCGGUGUCCAUUUCGGUCGCUUUUAUCGGCGCGAUUCUUGCCUUUCUGGGCGUGCCGAACGAGCAGGUGGUACCGGCGAACUACCCCAAUGUGAUGUUCGUGGCGCACACGGAGGACGGGCCGGGCGAGGUGGUCCCCUACCGCUUCGACGGCGUCGCGCUGCCACCGGUGAGCACCGACCACAUGCCGGGGCUGUACCAGCAUAUGAUGUGGUUCUGGCACGACCGGGUGGAAAAGUUCAAGGGGUUCUCCGAGGCGGGCCAGCUCCGGGUGUGGGAGUGCAUCAUGUUUUGCCGCCCGCUGAACGACACUAUCAAAUGCAAAUAUGAUGUAUGGGUCUGGAAGAAUGCAAGUUUGUCAUGCUUGUCUGGCAUGACUCAGUAGAAAUGUGUAAUGCACGAGCAAGGGCCUCUUGCCUAUCAUGCAAAAACGCAGCUUGUCAUGCGGAAAACGAAAGAACACAAAAACAAUAGCAUCUGAAAAAUUUGUCAUGCUUGGCUGCGUAUUGCAGUCCGCCCACCAAACACACUUUAGCACGACAAGUUUCCAGACCCAGAUCGAUAUUUGCACUUGAUAGACACGGGGAGGAGCCAGCUCUACCUGAUCCACGCACCGCCGGACCCGGACAACAAGAAGGCGCUGCACCAGUGGUGGAUCACGGAAAUGUAUUGCAAGGAAAAAUCCCCCUCCCCAUAUUGAAAAGGUAUGUUUCCGAAAAUUUGUGUUGCUAAUUUGUGCUCACAAAUCACAUUUGUCUUGCAAGAACACAAGCGCCGAAGCUCCCGUCCCAUUAUGGAAGCGAUUUGGCAUGCUGUUGGGCCUAGGGGGCAGCCGUUUGCAAUGCUGAGCAACUAGACCAAACGCCCCGACCUAGACUUGUUACUGGCCGCAAUGCCUUCCUGCAAUACAGAGCGCAUUUGUGUACGCAGAUCCAGCAUCACGAAUCCUGUCUCGAUAUGGGGAGGAGAUUUUUCCUUACGAUAAAAUGACCCCGCGGAACCCGGAAACCCCCAUCCUCUACGCGCGCACCAAGGGCCGGAAGGACUAUCCUAGGUAAAAACGUCCCCACCCCAGAGUCAAGAUGGGGAUUUUGCAAGACAAACCUAAGGAGUUUUGGAAGUGACGCAUGACAAGUUGCAGUCCGUAAGGUAGUGAAAGUUAGCAAGGACAGCCGCAUUACAAAUCGCUCUGCUUAUCCUCUUUACAGCAUUACAAAUUCCACCCAAACACGAUCGAACAAACUUGUCAUGGGGAUGCGCAUCACAAAUGUUCCUGUCAUGGCAAAUCUGCAUGACAGCCCUCGGGUGGCGACGUUUUUACACAGGAUAAGGACCUGGCCAUCGCCACGGCGCCCUGGGUGGAGCCGGACCAGACGCGAACGAAGCCGAAGCCGGUCCCGAUCGUUCUGUACUCGCUCUGGGACGUGUUGUGGCCGGGCAUCUACGAGCCGAACCCGGUCAAGUGGGCUGCGUGGGUGCUCUUUGUCAUCGCCGUCCCGCUGUGGUUCUACAAACUCUGCAAGGAUGACGACUUUGAUACGGACUGAAGUGAGGGCGCAGCUGCUGUGUGAGGUAGUAUUUUUGCAACACAGGUGGGAGCAAAGUCGAAGCGCACCAGUCUGGUGUCGAUGUAUUACGGAAAAAGAAACGUGAAGAAGUAAUAUUCUAGGCGACACAUGGCGAUUGCGUUUGCAUGAACGAAAGAAGAGGAUACGAGCGCAUUUUUGCGCAGUAGAGUUGGGAAGAUUACUAUCGUUCAUUGGUGUAUUAAAAACAAAACUAAUGAAAGCGCACAAAAAACUCAUGUAUAUUUUGUUAGAAGAGCCUCAGCUAGCCGGUUCGCAAUAAAGGCAACUUCUCAGGUGGCAUAAAUGUGUUCAUCCACCUUUUUUCCGCG